AUGGCCGCUGUCGCAGAGAACGGCGCCGCCCCGGUCACCAACGAGAACUCCGCCCCCAGUGUGGCCGCCGCCGAACAGAAGGACCAGACCGAACAGACGAAUGGAGAUGCCGUCACGGUGUUCCACGACAAGGAGAACUUCAACGUCAAGCACCCUCUUAUGCAUGAGUGGACUCUCUGGUUCACCAAGCCUCCCAGUGGCAAGGGCGAUAACUGGAAUGAUCUGCUGAAGGAAGUUGUCACGUUCAACUCUGUCGAAGAGUUCUGGGGAAUCUACAACAACAUCACACCGACCUCGGAACUGGGCCUGAAAGCCGACUACCAUCUCUUCAAGAAGGGCAUCCGUCCCGAGUGGGAAGACCCCCAAAACAAGCACGGUGGCAAGUGGUCCUACUCGUUCAAAGACAAGCGCUCCGUACCGAUCGACGAUCUCUGGCUCCACGCCCAGCUGGCCGCCAUUGGCGAGACCCUCGAGAACGAUGGUGACAACGAGGUGAUGGGUGUCGUCGUGAACGUGCGCAAGGGCUUCUACCGUGUCGGCCUGUGGACGCGGACCGUCGGCAAGAGCAUCCCCGGAGACAAGAACGGCCGCACGCCUGCCCAGGGCAAGGAAGUGCUCGAGGCCAUCGGUCGUCGCUUCAAGGAAGUCCUCCGUCUCAAAGAGGCUGAUGUUGUGGAGUUCUCGGGCCACACUGACAGUGCGCACAGUGGCAGCACGAGGGCUAAGGCCAAGUACACGGUCUAA